UCAAAUUGAAGCGCAACUGGUUAAGGGUCUUCAAGAAGACCAUUUUGCUGUAGCAGACAAGUCCCACAUGCCCAUAAUCGUUAAUGCACUUGGGGCCGUACCUAAAAAGGACUCAAAUGAAUUACGGAUAAUCAUGGAUUGCAGCCGACCCUUAAUGGCAAAUGCCAACUCAUACAUGGAUUUAGAACAUUACAAGUAUGUUACUGUUGAUGAUGCAGCAAACCUCUUUCAACCAGGCUGUUGGUUGGCAAAAGUUGGCUUAAAACACGCUUACAGAAGCGUUGGUAUUCACCCUGACAGCUGGCGAGUUACAGGGAUGUCUUGGUGUUUCAAGGACUCUAAACAUUCAACCUACCUCUAUGAUAAGUGACUCCCCUUUGGAGCCAGGGCCUCACCAAUGAUUUUUCAUCGUCUCACACAAUCAGUCUGUCGAGUGAUGGCCCGAAGAGGGUAUACUGUGUAGGCGUACCUGGACGACUUCCUCAUCAUUGAACCAACUCAGCUUCAGUGCAAAGCAGCUUUUGACAUUCUACUAAACUUACUAGAGUCUCUUGGCUUCACUGUCAACUGGACAAAAGUUGUCUUCCCAGCCCAAUGUCUGGUUUUUCUGGGAGUUGAAAUUGACGCUUUUAAGUGUGAACUCUGCCUACCAGAAGAUCGUGUAUCUGAGUUGUUAUUCGUUCUCAAGGAAACCAGUUCAAAACAUAAAUGCUCCAAGCUUCACCUCCAACGACUCAUUGGCAAGCUCAAUUGGUCAGCACUUGUUGUUCGAGGGGGCCGCACGUUUCUCAGGGGUCUUAUCACCUUGGCAAAUGCUGUUAAACGCCCGUAUCACCGUGUUUAUUUAAACUUAUGCGCUAGAGCUGACCUCCUGUGGUGGACCUCCCUCUUGCCUGCACACAACUGUAAAACAUUGUUACCCUCAGCAACCCCAGAACUUCCUACAGCAGUGCUUACGGAUGCUUCCCUGUCUGGUGGGGGGUGCGUAUGGGAAACUGACUGGAUGUACGUUAACUGGGCCUUAGACUACCCAGCUCUCUGCUCUCUGCACAUCAAUUACAAAGAGACAUUCACAAUCGUUUUGGCAGCCCAUCGUUGGGCACCCUUUUGGUCAGGUUAUCAAGUGGUCGUCAAGUUGGACAGCCAGGUUCAACCUGUUGCCCAGUAACAAUGGACUGGAUUCGUUCUGUGUUUUGGUUUAAGGAGCAUUACAAUUUCAGCCUGUUAGUCAAACACAUUCCAGGAACAACCAAUACCCUAGCAGGUAGAGUUUCACGCCUUGACAAUGUACACUACUGGCCAACGUUCCACGCAUGGCUCUCCGAAUCCCCUGUAUCAUAUGAUUUAGAAUCUCACAUGUCAUCAUUGUCUCUUGCACUCCUUAGAUACAAAGGAUCAGCAGCAACUUGACCACAAAGUCAUCAAUUUCCGGCGUCAGGUAUAUGCCCCUACUACCAAGUCCACCUAUAUGAGUCAAAUGCGCUCACACCUCUCCUUUUGUGUAUACUACGAUUACCAGCCUAUCCCAGCAUCAGUAUCAACCCUUAACCGCUACGCAGUCUUCCUAGCAAGAUCACUUUCAGCAUCCUCCAUCCCAGCCUAUUUGAAUGCAGUUCGCAUCCUACAUCUUGAACAUGGACUUGCAGACCCAACCAAAAACAAUUUUCAGCUGGCAACUAUACUUCGGGGAAUUAAANGUAUAAAAGGUUUAUCAGUAUCCCAAAAGAAACCAAUUACGCCUCAGAUCCUGUUAGCCUUCAAGAAUCACUUAAACUUAGGUGAUCCUUUGCACGCAACAUUUUGGGCAGUCUGUCUGGUAGCUUUCUUCGGCCUCCUACGUAAAGCUAACUUGCUAUGCAGAGGAUUAACACAUUUCAACCCAGCAAAGCAUCUGCGUCGAGGAGACAUCCUCUUCUUUACAGACUGGGCCAUCAUUAUCAACAGAUGGUCAAAAACAAUCCAAUUUAGCCAGCGCAUUUUGACUAUUCCUUUACCACUCGUUGCCCAGCACCCACUCUGCCCUUAUACAGCUCUCAAGCGUGCUUUCAGCUUAGUACCAGCCUCCUUAUCAGGCCCAGCCUUUGUCAUCCCAGCUUCAACCAAGGGAGGCCUGCUCCCUCUGACGUAUGGAAAGUUUAACUCCCUACUUAAAUUAUUGGCAAUUACGAUGAACUUGGAUCCAUCUAAAUUUAGCGGACAUAGUUUUCGAUCAGGCGGGGCCACUCUGGCCUUUCAAGCUCAAAUCCCAGCAGAACUUAUCAAACGCUUAGGAGACUGGCAGUCAGAUGCUUAUAGAUCUUAUAUUCACAUCCCAGUUAAAGACAGAAUGCAAGCAGUUAGUCAGCUGGCUUUGUUUGUUUAGAUUUUCUUCCUUUCUCUGUUUUUCGUCUGGGGUUAGGUCGUUCCUCCCUUGGGAAAAAUUUCUAUUAAAUGGAAGGGAUCACUUCCAAGCCCUUCCCCGUUUACCCCAGACUUUAUUGUUGUAUUUUGUUUCUUCGCCUUUCGUUUAGAGGGUUAAUAUUUCUUUUAGAAAAUUCUGUGAUGAGAAAAUAAGGAAACAACUCAUUUACUUUGAUAGUCAAAAUGUAAAUUCUCUUUGUUUGCACCAUCAUUAUGCCACCACUUAUGUUAGUUCUAUGUUUCUAUCAAGUUAGAGAAAUAUAAUUGUUAACCAAUCAGUGGGCUUAUUAUCUUUGGGCUAUUUUCUAAAUGUUAAUACAAGAUGGAAGUCUGAGAUCAGGGCUGAAAAAUUCCCAUGAUAGUGAUGGCAUGCAUUUGUAGCUCUAGAGAUCUAUGUUGUGUUCACGAUUGCUUUUUACUUGUGUACAAAAUAUCAAAACCAAGUUAGAGUAAUAUAAAGAUGCUACAUUUUUCUCAGUAGUGGUGGGUGAUCUGUAUAAAUUUUUGUAGUUCAAAUCUCAGAUGGCUUUCUUGUGUAAAAUGGAAGUGAAUCCAAAGCAAGAGUAGUCUGUUCUCUUUGUAAUAGUAACUUUUACCAAUUCCUUGCUAAUAACGUAUUGAUUAACACUUGGUCAAGAAAAUUAGAUUCUUUUCAUCCUUUUCCUAGUGGUUUAAAAACAAAUGGGAUUGUACAGUAGAUCAGAUAGAAUAAACCUGGCAAAAUUUUGAGGACAGGGAAUUCUUCCCGAUGAAGCUAUAAGGAAAAGAAUAUCUCAGUUGUAAAUCAAUAGAAGAAAACUGUUGGGGUCACAGUGGCUUCAUGGUUAGUGCGCUUGACACUGGAUUGAGCUGUCUGGGUUUGAGCCCUGGCUAGGGACACUGUGUCAUGUUUUUGAGUAAGAAAGACACUUUACUCUUACAGUGCUUCAAUGGAUAGCCGCAAAUUUAAAUGGUAGGG